GCGCAGGUUAACUUUGUGGCAUGUCAGCUGUUUGCCCUGCUGAUGGCUGUUUGGUUUCGGAUCUACCUCCAUCCCAGUAAGACCAGUCCCUUCAUCAGACAUGUGGUGGCCACUCUGUUGGGCUUCUACUUGGCUCUCUUCUGCUUUGGCUGGUAUUCCCUUCAUUUCCUGGUCCAGAGUGGCCUGUCUUACAGUGUGAUGGUGUUUGCUGGGCUGGAGAACAUGCACAAAUACUGCUUCAUUGUAACACUGGGCUAUUUGAUAUUGUGUCAAAUCACACGGGUCUACGUUUUUGACUACGGCAUGUACUCUGCAGAUUUCACAGGGCCCAUGAUGGUUAUCACACAGAAGAUCACCAGCAUGGCAUUUGAAAUCCAUGAUGGUAAGAACAAGUGUCGUUAAAGCCCGUGUGUCUCCAGUGUAGUGUGCGUGCGUGCGUGUGCAUACUUUGAAAAAAAGAAGUGGCAGAUGUGACAGAAGUGAAAAUGUCAGUUCAAUUCUCUUUGGAGUGUGAAAACAGAUCAGAUGGCCACAUUUCUGAGCCAGUUGUCAGUUCCUACAAUGGGCUACUGAACCAGAAGGAGAGCAUAAACAUAGUUAUAUAAUGGAGCAAUGACCAACUUUGCAUUGUUUUUUUUCCCCCUCCUCAACCGUUAAGACUUUCUUUAAUCCCAAAUCUAAUUAAACUAGACUUUGUGCUGUCCAAAAAGUCAAGACAAGACAUGUGAUGGAACAGCCCCGUGUUACAUUGUGACAUA